CCCCCCAUACUAAGCCCAACAUGCAAGGCGGACCCACCUGCUGCUUCUCCUGCCCCGGGCAGGUGCCUCCCAAGUGGCCAGCGCCCCCCGUCCCCAACAUGCAAGGCGGACCCACCUGCUGCUUCUCCUGCCCCGGGCAGCCCAACAUGCAAGGCGGACCCACCUGCUGCUUCUCCUGCCCCGGGCAGCCCAACAUGCAAGGCGGACCCACCUGCUGCUUCUCCUGCCCCGGGCAGGUGCCUCCCAAGUGGCCAGCACCCCCCGUCGUAG